AGGAGUCGGCUUGAAGACUUUAUAAAAGCUUCCCUGCGCGCUGCGAGUCACUCUCUGUGAAAGCAAUCUUGCAGAAAGAUCAUCACACCUCCACACCAAAAGGCGCACCAUGAGCGAGAGACAAGUUUCUGGGCCUGCUGCCGGCAACAACAAAACCUCCGGAGGACAAGACGCGUCCAAGACGGACAUGCCCGAGGACUUCGACAUCGACAUGGACAACCCGGAGACGGAGAAGGCGGCCGUCGCCAUCCAGUCGCAGUUCAGGAAGUUCCAGAAGAAGAAGCGCGUGGAGAAGUCCUAGUUGACGACGCAGUGACAUUUGCAUGAGUCCUCACUUUGUAGUCUGAACGGGCUGGGAUGGCAGAAUGCAAUAGUCAACAUGUGUCUGUGUUAUUACAUUUCUAUUUAUUACCCACCACUGUAUUGAACAAAUGUUGUUUCUUUCUUUGUCUCACAUUCUCGUCCCCAGAUGAUAAAUAUUGUGUCAGUAGAUGAUGGAGCAAAUGAAGUGUUUGUUAGUCAACUUAGCCAAGUGCAUCCUUCAAUCUAACAGAUGAUUAUUUCCCUUCGUCCUACAGCGCAUGGUACUAACAUUGUACACUGAAUGAAUAAAGACUGUUUGUCAAACACA